AUGCCAGGGAAGCCCAAGCACCUGGGCGUCCCCAACGGACGCAUGGUUCUGGCUGUCUCAGAUGGAGAGCUGAGCAGCACGGCGGGGCCCCAGGGCCAGGGCGAGGGCCGAGGCAGCUCCCUCAGCAUCCACAGCCUUCCCAGUGGCCCCAGCAGCCCCUUCCCCACCGAGGAGCAGCCUGUGGCCAGCUGGGGCCUGUCCUUCGAGCGGCUGCUGCAGGACCCGCUGGGCCUGGCUUACUUCACUGAGUUCCUGAAGAAGGAGUUCAGUGCUGAGAACGUGACUUUCUGGAAGGCCUGCGAGCGCUUCCAGCAGAUCCCGGCCAGCGACACCCAGCAGUUAGCUCAGGAGGCCCGGAACAUCUACCAGGAGUUCCUGUCCAGCCAGGCACUGAGCCCUGUGAACAUCGACAGGCAGGCCUGGCUCGGCGAGGAGGUGCUGGCGGAGCCCCGACCAGACAUGUUCCGGGCACAGCAGCUUCAGAUCUUCAACUUGAUGAAGUUCGACAGCUAUGCACGCUUCGUCAAAUCCCCGCUGUACCGCGAGUGCCUCCUUGCGGAGGCCGAGGGUCGCCCCCUGCGGGAACCUGGCUCCUCGCGCCUCGGCAGCCCUGACGCCACGAGAAAGAAGCCGAAGCUGAAGCCCGGAAAGUCGCUGCCGCUGGGCGUGGAGGAGUUGGGGCAGCUGCCUCCUGCUGAGGGCCCUGGGGGCCGCCCGCUCCGCAUGUCCUUCCGCAGGGAACUAGGGGGCGGCGCGUCAAACUCAGCCUUGCGCAGAGAGUCCCAGGGGUCCCUCAACUCCUCUGCCAGUCUGGACCUCGGCUUUCUUGCCUUUGUCAGCAGCAAAUCUGAGAGCCACCGGAAGAGCCUCGGGAGCUCAGAAGGUGAGAGUGAAAGCCGACCAGGGAAGUAUUGCUGCGUGUACCUGCCUGAUGGCACAGCCUCCUUGGCCCUGGCCCGACCUGGCCUCACCAUCCGUGACAUGCUGGCAGGCAUCUGUGAGAAACGAGGCCUCUCUCUACCUGACAUCAAGGUCUACCUGGUGGGCAAUGAGCAGGCCCUGGUCCUGGAUCAGGACUGCACCGUGCUGGCGGACCAGGAAGUGCGUCUGGAGAACAGAAUCACUUUCGAGCUCGAGUUGGCGGCGCUGGAGCGCGUGGUGCGGAUCUCCGCCAAGCCCACCAAGCGGCUGCAGGAGGCGCUGCAGCCCAUCCUGGCGAAGCACGGCCUGAACCCUCAACAGGUGGCGCUGCGUCGGCCAGGCGAGAAGCAGCCGCUGGAUCUGAGGAAGCUAGUGAGUUCGGUGGCGGCCGAGAGAUUGGUUUUGGACACUCUCCCAGGUGUGAAGAUCACUGAAGCUGGCGACAUAACCCCCUGCCUCAGCCAGGGCGGCCCGCCUACAAUCCAGGACAAGGCCGCCCACCUCCCUCCACUGCCCCUGAACUCGCUGGCCCAGGCACCCAGUAGUAUCACUGGAAAGCGGCAGACCUGUGACAUUGAAGGCCUGGUGGAGCUGCUGAACCGGGUGCAGAGCAGUGGAGCCCAUGACCAGAGGGGCCUUCUGCGCAAAGAGGACCUGGUGCUUCCAGAAUUUCUGCAGCUGCCUGCCCAAGGACCCAACUCCCAGGAGGCCCCACCACAGACUGAAUCAGCGGCCCAGCCCAAGGGGAGCCCCUCAGACUCCACUGCGCACUCGGCCCUCUGA